AUGCCACCAAUUCGCUCUCAAUCCUCUAUAAAUUCAAUAGAGCAAGAGGAAAUUACCACUAUUCGUGAAGUGGCACACCAAUCUAAAGUCCCUCGCUCUACGUUACAACGCCGCCUCGCUAGUAAUACCUUUCGUCCCGAAACACGCGCCAAUAACUAUAAAUUGACUGAAACUAAGGAGGAAUCUCUUAAAAAAUGGAUUCUCUCUAUAGAUUCUCGUGGAGUAGCCCCCUAG